UGGCUGACUGUCUCGUCACUGAAGGUCUGUUGUUCACACUCGCACCAGAGCAGGAGCUCCAGUGACAGUGGAGUGCUUUGAUUCAUGCUGUUGUGGAGUCCCCUUUUUGGAUUCAAAGAACAAUUAAUGCGGCCAGAAAAGAGCGUAUGAAGGAGGAGAAGAUGAAUGUGGAGGCUCUAAGCAGAGCGGAGCUGCUGACUCUCCUCAGUAUCUUGGAGGGGGAGCUAGAGGCCCAGGAUGUAGUCAUACACACCCUCAGGGCUCAGCACAAAGAUGCUUUUGUCCAAGAGCGCUACGGACAGUAUGACCUCAGCGAUCCAUUCCUGGCCCUGCAGCGGGACAACGAAGCCAUGGAGUGCCAGAACACAGCCGCCGAACCUCACACGCAUCUGCAGGGAAGGGCAGUGGGGCCAAAUCCUCUGGCUGUGCUCAAACUGGUCAUGGCUCACUGCAAGAGGAUGCAGGAGAGGAUGAUGGGACAGUUAGCUGCUGCUGAAAACAGACACAGAAGGAUGAUAGCAGACUUGGAGGAGGAGAAACGACGACACGUCCAGGAGUCUGCACACCAUGCUGAUUUCACCUUCAUGCUGCAGACAGAAAGAGAUAAACUACUGCAACAGCUGGAAGUGGAGCGUACAACAGUGCAGAGACUAGAGAAGGACAAAGCCCAAGUAGUGAGCAAGGUGGAGGAGUCUCUGUCCCAGCAGCAGCAGCUCUCCUCAACUCUGACUCUGGAGCUCCAGAAAGCCAGCAGCCAGGCUCAGGAGGAAGCCCAGAAAGUCUCGCAACUUCAAGUGUUGCUGCAAGAGGAGACCAGUGCCCUGGAGAAGCUCCGGGCUGUUCUUGAAAGUGAGAAGAGCAGGGCAGCCAAGCUUGAGGCCAAAUCUGAGAAACAGAUGGCUGAGUUUGACAGAGAACGUGAGCAAUUGAAAGUCAGACUGGGUAAAGAGGAGGAAAGGAGUAAGGAGCUUGAGAGGCAGGUGGAGGACCUGAAAAAGAGGUUGGCUGAACUUGAAGGAUCUAAAGAAGAGGCAAAGGCAGCUGUGGUGGAGGAGAAAGAGUCAAUACCCAAAAAGAUGGCAGUAUCCACCUCUGUUCAGACUGAGCUGGAUGGAAAGAUAACCGUCACACCUAAAUCCACCUCACUGUCAAAAGUCAACGGCCAUCAUGGUCAAAAAGAGACAGAAUUGACACAGGAAGGGAGAGGAGCAGAUAAUGGUGGGGUAGUAGAAAAUGGGGGAGGAUCACUUUUGCAUUCCCCUCACCCUCAUCCUGCCUCUCCCUCCAGCACAGCCUCCUCUUCCCUCUCCUCUUCCCCCAUUUCCUCUCCUGUUCUGGCAAAGCGUCUGGGCAGUCCUGGUUUCCAUCAGUCCUCCUACCAGGCUGGAGUCAAUCAGCGGUUCCAGGCUGCCAGGUACAAGUUCCAGAGUCAGGCGGAGCUGGAUCAGCAGCAGCAUGGCGGCCCACUUUCCCCGAGGGACCUCUCCCCCACCACCUCCUCCAUUCCUCCCCCACCAGAGCACAGCACAGCUAAGCAGCUGGCCCGCAACACUGUCACUCAGGUGCUGUCCCGCUUUACCAAUCAGCAGGCUGGAGUCAAGCUGGCUCCAAUCAGCAGCUCUCCAUUUGGUACAGACUACCGCAAUCUAGCAGCAUCUCCUCCGGGAGGAAGGUCGCCUUCAGGGCCUCUAUCUCCAGGCAUCCGCUCCCCCAUCAUUCCACGUUCAGAGAGGGCCUACCCUCCCCCAACUCCUCCCAAGAAGCCGGGCAUGAGUCCAACUCCAGGCUCUCCCAGUCACUCUGCUCGAACCAGCCUCUUUCCAGAGCUGACGGGGAACUGUGGGCACAGUAGUAGUGGCCAGGAGGGGGCCAAGGAGUCUGACCUGGUUUUGUCUUCAAGCAGUUAAUAGCAAGAUCACCCUAACCAAGAACUGCUAAACAAUUCAGGGUUAUGUCAGCAGUUUUGAAGUAUCCAUGUUAAGUAGCAAAACUACUUAAUAGCACUCCAAAUCAGAAGUCUAGACAAUUGAAGCUGUGCUGGUUCAGUCAGAUCCAGAUUUUGCUGCACCCCUACCUCCAUACAACAGUUGGAAAGUUGGAGUAGAACUAUUUGAAAUGAACUACAGUACAUGGAUUAUUUUAGUUGCAUUUCAGUUUUUUGUCACUUGGCUGUCUUUAUUUCUUUACGUAGAACUAUUGUGAGUUUGUGUUAAUUGAAAAUGUGCUAUUUUAGACACUAUAUUAAAAGUAUUCAAAAAUAAUUUACAAUAUAAAGAUCCAGGAAACCACCUGUUGAUUUUUUUAAAAAUCUUUUUUUAAAGAAAUUAUUAUAGUUUUUGUCAUUGUCUAACAAACCUUUUCUUUUAUCAUGAGCAGAAGCUGCUCAUUGUUUUACAAUCAAAAAACACCAGUCACAUGAUGUUAAAAAAAUAAACUGUAUAGGGCUUAAAUGUGUAAAUGUAAACAAAUGUAGCUUUCACUGUUUUAGUUUUGAAAUGUUUUCCCAAUGACUUCUUAUGCAGUUUCUAGAGAUUCUCAGUUAAAAACUUUAUUAUACUGUAAAAGAAAAAGUUCUUUAUGAACGAACAUCACCUGCAUGUACUGUUUUUAUGCUACACUUAACCAUGAAAACACUUGAGUAUUAUGAAGAGGGAGACUGCACUUUGCACUACAUUACUGUAUGUCUACGAUUUUUUUUUUUUCAGUGACAUCUGCUUCACAGCCCAGGGAGGACUAUGUGUCAUUAUUAUGUGAUAAACUAGUUAUACUGUCGAUAAGAGUGGACACUAAAGCUUCCAAUCAUGUCAUUGUAAUUUCUCUAUUGUAUUAUUUCCUGUGACUUACUGUAUGAUCCUUGGCUUUAAAACCAAUGAUUCCUUCCAAGCAAAUAUUUUAGCCAUUCUAUUUGAAUCUGUAAGGCAUACACUGCUGUCAGUGACCUUCACUUGUAUAAAGGAUGUCAUGAAACCCUGCAAAAUUGUGUGCUUUUCAAAUAAACUCUCCAUGUCUUUAAA